AUGGAUAGAAUGAAAUGUGUCUACCCUCUUGGAAGUGCAAUAAACAACAAGAAUUACAUAAAAGAUAUGUCUAUUAAUGGAAUGAGGAAUUUAGAAAAUGAUAAUUACCAUAAUAUGUAUUCAAAUAUAAAUAAACAUGAAGAAGGUAUUAUAACAAAAGUUCAAGGUAUACCGAAUCGUCCAGUGAAUCAAAAUGGUUGUGUAAUAAAAGUAACAAAUAAUAAAUGUAAUAAUAAUAAUAAUAAUAAUAGUUAUAGUUAUAGUAGUAAUAACAAUUUAUUAUAUAAUAAACCCUUUAUAUAUAAAAAAUUGAUUGUUUUUGAUUAUGAUGAUACCAUAUUACCAACAAGUUGGAUAACGUCAAAAAUGAAGUUAAGUUUAUAUGACACUAUACCUCCAUAUAUUAAUGAACUAUUUAAUAAAUUAAGUGAAGUUGUUAUUAACACAUUAAAUUUAUGUUCAAUUCAAGGGAAAUUAGUAAUUGUUACUAAUGCAAGUUUAGAAUGGCUAAUAAAUUCUGCCAAAAAAUAUAUUCCUAUGGUUUGGUCUUUUAUUAUGCAUAAAAAUAUUAGAAUAAUAUCAGCAAGAGAUACUUUAAUUAAUUCUUUAAUUGAUCCUAAGGAUUGGAAAAAAGUUAUUUUUCAUCAAAUUAUUAAUGAAAUCUUAGCUCCAUAUUUAUAUAAUACCUCUUUUAUAUGUUUUAUUUAUUCAGUAGGAGAUGGUAAUGAUGAAAGAAAUGCUUGUUUCUUCAUAUCACAAUUAAAUCAAUAUUCCUCAUGUAUUUUUAAAUCAUUGAAAUUCUUAUCGGAACCUACUUGUCAAAAACUUAUAGCAGAACAUGAACUCUUUUAUUACUUUUUUAAUAGUACAAACCUUAAUGCAUCAAAUCACCAUAAUAACCAAGCAAAUAAUAUCAAUACUAAUAAUAAUAUAUCUAUUAAUAGUCUUAUGUAUAAAAAUUAUAAUUCUAUUAAGAAUGUAUAA